AUGUCCGGGGCGGACAAUAGCAAGGCUGACAAGCAGAAGGCAGCGCUGGCGGAAGGCGUUGUGGAGCCACCAGCCAAGAAGGUUCGAGGAAAGAAGGCUGCAGCUGCACCCGAAGGUGUCGUUGCUGCUGCAGAAUCAGCAGUAGCCCAUCAAGAUGCGUCCACUGGAACGAUUGCUGCGCCAGAGGCCAUGAAAUGCAAUGGUGAAAUUUUUGCAAAACAUUUGCAGAAUGUGCGCGUGUUUCGGGAACAGGCAGUAGCACAAGACCUUGUCCAAAUGAAGCCGCAAAACAGCGGUUUUCUUCAAGUCUUCGAUGCUCAAAAAGCCUUGGCAGCUCUCAAGCAGGAAGGGCGGUACCAGUGCUGCAUCAACUUGAUGUGGCUUGAUCAGAGUUACAGCACUUCACCGCAUGUGCCGCUGAACCAAGGCGCCAUCUCGAAACUGAAGGCGCAUUUUUUCAGCAAGCCGCAGAGACUCGAGCAGCAAGCGCUCACAGUAGCGAUUUUGCAAGCGGAACUAGAUGCUGGCACAUUUCCGGCAGUUGGCACAUGGAAGCGAGUCUCUCCCGAGGAGAGUGUCAUGGCAUGGUUCGAAGCUGCGUCUGAUGACGCGGCGCUGUUCAGGGAUGGGGCAGCCGAGAAGGAAGCCGAUGUGCAAGAAUGGCUGCGCCAUUGUUUAUCGACAUCGUGUUUGAUCAAAGUUGUGGAUAGCCUGGGGGAACUUCAAUGGGUCAGUGCCCAGCUCAGAGAAGACAUGUCCCAGCUGGCAGUCCUGCAGCGCACUCCAACACAAAGAAUCUUCGAUGUGGUCUCCAAGAAGGAAAGCAUGGGAACGAACUUCACAGCUGAGGCGCUGGUCCAGUUGUACGACAAGAAGUUGAAAUGGAGCUCCACCGCAGAGAAACUGUCAAUUGGCUUUGUGAAUUCCAGCUGUCUCAUCAUGGACAGAGCCCUUCGCAUUGAAGCGGUGCUGAAAAUAGUCUUGCUGGAGGAGGCAAGCGACGAUCCCAUUUGGAAAACCGUGAGCUUGCUGCAAGGGACUGUCAGCAGAACCUCUCGUCCAGAAGAGGUUCAGUGGCUUUUCGAAUAUAUGAGGGAUGCCAAGUUGGCAGGUUUCUUAAAAGCAGAUGGUUUGACGACACGGUCGCUCCUUGGCACGUCAAAGGAUCACAACAAGGGAUAUGUGGACCUGGUGCUGUACAAGCUGCGGUUCAAGAACUACUGGGUUUCUGAGUUCCUCACCACAGAGGCCAAGGACCUGAAGGACCUCCUCUUCCGGGACACCUACGAUGAUCACCUCAAGACUGGCUUGCGCCAGGGUAAGGCUCCAGUGGAUUGCUUGCAAGUGGACAAUCCCCUGGGCGAGAAGGUGUCUGAACUGAAGGCACUCUUGAGGCAAGAAACAGAUGCUCUGAGGGCUGAAGCAGCGGUAACUGCUGCGCAGCAGCCUGCCGAAGUGGUUGAAACAGAAGAAACACGCAUGAAAGACCGUUCGCCUGCCUUUGUCUCCUUUCUCGAGAAUGUUCAAGCAAAAGUAGGGGAAAUCAAAAACGAGGAAACUCUGCAGCUCAUUGGCACCUAUGAAGAAAAGGCGAGGAACCUUUUCAACAGCAAUGUCAGCUUGGCAGUGCUGCCGAACUCGGCAACUGACAUCGGCAAGAUCUUGGAUGCCUCGACGGCUGCCGCUGUUCGAGGUUCAGGUCCGGCCUGGACUGGUGUGCUUGUCGAUCCGAGCCAGUGGGGAGAAGCCAUUACAUCUCCAAACAUCCGAAAUCCUCCUUUGAACUUGCAGCUGGUGAAGCAGUUCAUGAAUGCCGUGAUCCGCAACAGAGACAAACAGUCCCUGCAGCUUCACGAUCGGGACAUUGUCAUCUACUUUGAUGGCUUCACCCCGAACAACACAAGCAAGGUCCUGGCUUCCAUGCAGAACUCAUCAGGAAACGUCAUUUCCAAGAAUGUUAUGACGGUGUACUUGUCUUAUGAUGAGGAUUCGCUGCGUGCCAGGCGUCAGUACGUGAAAGCGAACUCCACCAUUUUCCAACAGAUUGAGGUGAUGUCACUCGUGACCCAUGAGCCGUUCAAUGACUCCAUGACCUACCGCAGCCGAACGCUCUUCAAAGGCUCCAGCCUUGGCAACAAGAUCGGCGAUGUGGUAAUGGAUGCGCCUGGCACCCUUUGGAGCUUGACCCUGAAGGAUUUUGCGCCCGCAAUGCCUGCGUUUGUUCUGAUUCAUGAGAAGAUCGAUCUUUUUGGAAAAUACCGAGUCGCAGUGGGAGGGCGAACAACAGGAGAUGGCGAUUCGCACCGAGGGGUGUCUGCAAGGAAGCAAAGCACCCUCGAGCCGGUGUUCUGGCACUCGAGACCAUUGGCCUUGUGCUACGAGGUGAUCAUGUCGUACAACCUGACAUCCAUUGUGGACGCAGGUUCAUCGGAUGGAAAUUGGGCGCUAGCAUGUUGCCUCAAGAGAAUUCCCUACCAAGGUUUCUGCCUCACAGAAAAACAUUUGGAGUCUGUGACGGAGAGGGUGAUCACGGAAUUGAUGUUGAAGAUGCUGAGCAGCAAGAAGCCUGUCUACGAGCCAAAACUUGCAGCCCGUUUGGGCGGUGACCGCAGUGGUGACCGCAUUGGCGGUGCAGGUAGCAGCUCUGGCCAGACGGUACCACCUACACCGGCUACCAACACAGUCACCCCUGCUGCCUCUGGCAAUCCUGCAGCAGGAUCCGGUAGCACUGCUACGGCUGUGCUUGAUGAGUUCCAGCGUCAAUUGCAAGGCCUGUCCUGA